AACUGAAUCACGGGGUUGGGAGGAAUAUCCAUCCGCGCUUAUAACAUUAGGAUUUUGGUUCAGACAAAUUCUGUGCGUAUUGGAGCUCCAGUUUUCCUGUGUAUUGUGUGUCUACAUCUGGUUGAACAGUUUGUACAGAAUAGUUGGUGUUCAGAUCAAGGCUGCGUGUCAUAUCUAGAGGGAUAACACCAAGGAGGCGAGGAAAAGCGGCUCUAACUGGCGAAGGUUGUUAGUGGAUACGCGGGGUUCAUCUGAUGACUUCAGACGGGGUGUCCGAAGGACCGUCUGCAGGCGAGCCGCAACUCCACACGGGAACACCAACACAGAAGGGACCGCUGGCACUGAAUCCCAACGCCAAGGCCUGGCAGAGUCCCAUCACGUCCUCCACACCAGACUCAGGCAUCGGCAGUAACGAGGCAUGGCAGGACUCCAGCGAACAUGCCUCCACACCGCAGCUGGACACAUCUAUUGAUGGACCAACUGGAGAAGACAUCUUCCCCUUGAAUGGGGACAUCAGUGAGAUGCAGCCCGGUGCCAUGUUCCCUUCCUCUCCCAACCCAGCCAAGAUAAAGGACCUGCCGGACGGCGCGGCCUCCCCCAGCGGAGUCAGCUCCCCCCCUGGGAGUGUCAGCUCACCCCCCAGUAGUGAAUAUGCCUUCCCUACAUCCUCCUCAGCAGGACCUACUGCUGCAGGUGAAGGUGAGGAGAGCCAGGCUGCAGGAACCAUGAGUCAAGAGGAGCUCAAGAAAGUUCUGAAGUAUCAGCUGGAAUACUACUUCUCAAGGGAGAACCUGGCAAAUGACACGUACCUGGUGUCACAGAUGGACAGUGAUCAGUUUGUACCAAUCUGGACUAUAGCAAACUUUAACCAGGUGAAGAGACUAACCUCAGACAUGGAGCUUAUCAAGGAAUGUCUGCAAGAAUCUCCCAUGGUACAAGUGGAUGAUAAGGGAGAGAAGGUGAGACCCAACCAGAAACGCUGCAUCGUCAUUCUGAGGGAGAUUCCUGAGUCUACACCUCAGGAGGCUGUGGAGGGUCUGUUUUCAGGAGAAAAUUGCCCCAAGUUCUCCACCUGUGAGUUUGCCCACAAUGACAGCUGGUUCAUCACAUUUGAGUCAGAUACAGAUGCACAGAAGGCAUAUAAAUACCUACGUGAAGAGGUCCGUGAAUUUCUCGGAAAGCCCAUUAUGGCUAGAAUAAAGGCCAAGCCUUUGAUGCUGGGCACAGCUGUACCAAAGAACGGGAUAAAAAUGCCAGGCGUGGGGCCUCAGGCAUCAGCCAUAACCUCGGAUCCCAAUCUCUACAACAGGCAGCAGGGUGGGGGAGGGGGCGGGGGUGGGGGUGGAUAUGGAGGGUUCCCCCCUUACUCUGCCCCUCCCAUGUACCCGGCCAGUCCCCAGGCUGCCUACAUGUUCAACACCUUCUCCAUCCCACAGUGGGCAACUAGUCCACACUUCUUCAGCCCAGAUGUGAGCCCAUUUCAAAGCAAUGGUUUCCCUGCCUCACCAACCUACAAAACUCCCAUCAACACCUCCAGUCCCAGGGGCCAUCAGGGAAUUAGAAAUAGAAUGCCCUUUGUCUUCAGGAAAGGUGUAUAUUUCCCCAGGACGUCUGGUGUGAAGAUGCAUACCCGGUCACAGACCAACCCAGAGAAAGUCUCAACAGACAAGCUGCAAGUCAAUGUGGAAAACGGUGGAGUGCGGGGACCCGGGGGUGCAGACAGGAGUGUGGGGCCCGGGGGGAGCAGUAAUGGUGGGAGUGGGAGAAUAUCCAGUAGUCGGGGAGAGGUGCGCGGGGACAGGGAACGGGACACGGGCGGAGGUUACCCGCGCCGAGACAUGUCAGCUUCUCUCCAGUCACAGGAGACAAACGGACAGAUGGGGAGAGAUUCAAGGAGAGGUUAUACAAGGGGGCCGAGAAGAAGAGGGAAAGAAGACGACAGAAAUCCACGUCAGAAACAAGAUUCGCCCACAAACAUGCGAAGAGCGCCUUCUCCCAAGUUUGAUCUGACAUCCUCGUCAUUCCCACCCCUAUCUGAGACUUCGAUCAGCCAUAACAAGCCACUAGAGGAGGUUUUUGACAGCAGGAUGGCAGACAUUGUCAAACAGCCCCCAAAGCGUCUUCAGACAGACAGUAAGGUGCAGAUGCCGGUUGUGCAGACCAUCCCGGCCACGCCCACCUCCCCGGUGUCUCCUCCAGCCAAGCUGUCGGCCAACGUGACCGUCCCCAUCAUGUCCAACGCCAUGACACAGACCCCCCCUCUCACACCCCCAGCCUCACCGGGCCAACCCAAGCCUGUGCCUGGUGCUCCUCCGUACGCCGCCGAGCCUGCCCCUCUGCCUGACAGGAAGGCUGCCCAGUCACAAGGGAACCAACAACAGGCCACACAGACAACAACCUCUACACAAACAGUCCAGGCCAACAAUAACGCAUCAGCCUCCAACAACAAUAACAAUGAUGCUCAGGUGAAUGGGACCAUGGAUGAAAACUCCAUUUUGGCUCAGCCAAAGACUCUGGAGACUUACGCCAGCAUAGCAAGACGACCACCCAAACCCGGCCAGGCUCCUCCUCCUGUCACCUCCACCACCACCACGGCUACCCAGACUCAAAAUGCAAAUGCUGCUACAAACUCCACCCCAAAGGAGCAACAACCACAACAACAACAACAACGUAGGCCUUCCACCCCCCCACUGUCCAAACCCCCUCGCAAGUUGUCACCACCCCCCAAGGAGCAAAGAGUUCGCGAGCGUGAUAGAGACAGGGACAGACGCCCUCCCUUCCCCGUGCGUAACGGGAGGGAUUCUUACAGACAAUCCAGAGAGCGGGACAGGGAGAACCCUCGGCAAUCAAAGGACCAGAGACUUAAAUCCACUUCGAGUUGACCCUUUGACAAUGGCAGGUUUCAGCAAAGAUCAGGAUUUGGUCAUAUUGCACUUCUUAGAGUCUUUUCUUGAGAUACAAGAUCUGCUGCUCAAGGUCAAAGUCUGCCAAGUCCAGAAACAAAAAUAAAAAGUGCUCCUGAAACCCAAAGUAACCCUUCCAUUGAUGGUGCUGGCUCACUGGAAGCAUGAUCUCAAUAAUCAAUGAGGAUCGGCAGUUAGAUGCGUUUUUAGGCCCUUCAGAAAAGAUAUGUCGCUUAUCAUCAUUUGAAUCAGGUAGAUUUGAAAAGCUGCUGUGCUGGAGCAGACCUGGAACACAGUGUAGCAAUUCAGUGGGAACAACUUGAUUGAGAAGUGCACCGUUGUGUGUGCACCAGUGUGCUGGAGCUUCAUGCUAUGAUAUGCCAGCUCCAAGAAAUUGUCCUUCACUCAAGAAAUGUGCAAGAAGUCAUCUUUUAAGUCCAUGUAAUAUGUCUGGUGUGAGUACAUUACAUCUAGUGGGAAUGUAUUCCAAAUACAGGUUGUCAGCUAUGUGACAUGCACUGUGUCUCCUGGCAUGGCAACUGUGUUAGAAGAAAAAAAAACACAGGGAAAGGUUUUCAUUGUCCAUGUUGGAUAUAUUUCUGUUUGCAGCUGUGUAAGGGACUCAAGUAUUAAGUCAAGAAUGUUUGUAUAUCAAGUAUGAAUACCUUGUGCAGAACUAAGGAAUCAAUGUUGCAGGUUUUAUGAAGUAUUUGCUACGCACCAUGCAUUUUAUAUCCAGUAUUUCCUCCCUAAUGUGCCUAAGAUCUGACCACCCUCUUUUGUAAAUGGAAAAUAUCCAUGUAGUUUUAGAAAGUCAUUGGGACCUUGGAAGGACUUAAAGAAUUGCAUCACCCUCUUUUACAGAAAAAAUGGAUCAGUCACAUAUCUCAAGAAUACAUAAAACACACGUGUAUGACCAAACCAUUCUUCAGCAGGGGGUUGUCAGGGGCACUAAAAAGAAAUACUGGUCAAGUGGUUGUAGCAUACACACAACCCCAAUGUGCCUGAGUGGAUAAUACAUGUUCAAUGUAUGCAAUGAGGCUUCCAAUGCUACUAUUUGUCUCUGUACACUCAUAUAUAGGGCUGAGAGCUUUCCCCAGUCUUGGGGAUUACAUUGUAGGCUGCUGUGGGGUUCUACGUCCAUGCCCAAAUGCAUAUGCCAUGUAUUUCAAUAUAGAAAAUGGACAGACGUAGGGUAGAUACAAAGUUUAAGGUUGACAGACGUAUGUACAUGUACUGUUAUCAUGUACAUUUGUACUAUUUAUCAGUCUAUUGUAUGACAUAUUCCACAACAUCAACAGCUAACUGCUUGAAAGAUGGACAGCAUAGACAUGGAGCCCUUGUUACAGUAGCAUUAUGUUGACUGUGAUAGGGAAUGCGUAUAAAA